AUGCCAUUGCGUCCCCCACCAGUAUGCGGCUCCGUCUUGGACGCAAUUGGGAAUACACCUGUGGUGCUACUACGAAAUAUUGCGCCGGAAGGUUACGCAAAUGUGUACGUUAAAUUGGAAUUCUACAACCCGACAGGUUCCUACAAAGAUCGAAUGGCAAAGUCUAUGGUAGAAGAAGCCGAGCGUCGGGGGACCUUGAAACCCGGAAUGACGGUGGUUGAAGCUACUGGUGGGAGCACUGGCUCAUCGCUGGGCUUUGUCUGUGCCGCAAAGGGCUAUCGACUCCGAGUUCUAUGCUCUGAUGCAGUAGCAACAGAGAAACUACGAUCAAUGACGGCCUUGGGCGCAGACUUGGACAUUACUCAUAGUCCAUCUGGAAAGAUGACGCCAGACUUGCUCCCAACAAUGAAUCAAAAAGCGGCCGAAAUUGGCAAGGAGGAAGGUCACUAUUACACAAAUCAGUUUUGCAAUCAAGAUGCCCUGGUUGGAUACGAGAAGAUCGGUCUUGAGCUACUUGAACAGUUCCCUGAUGGUAUUGACGCAUUCUGCGGUGCUGUUGGUACUGCUGGAAUGGCCAUGGGCGUCGGCAGGGUGUUCAAGUCCAAAUCACCAUCAACGAAAAUCAUUGUAUUAGAGCCGAAAUCGGCACCCCAGCUCACUCAAGGCGUGAUGGGAACACAUUCUAUUGAAGGUGUUGCACCGGGCUUUAUUGCACCCCACCUUGACCAGGACUUGUACCACGAGGCGAGGGCUAUCGAAGAGGACGAAGCGCGUACCAUGUGCCGCCGUCUCGCCAAGGAAGAAGGCCUUCUUGUGGGUACAUCGUCGGGUCUAAAUAUCGUUGCUGCGUUGCAGUUAGCAAAAGAGCUAGGACCUGGCAAAACCGUAGUCACUGUAGCAGUGGAUUCUGGGUUUAAGUACCUGAAUGGCAACCUAUUUUAG